AUGUUUUUGACAGUCGACAACGUUUCCUGUGCAAGAGUUUCGGAAGAAUGUCUUGGAAUUAUGGGAUAUUACCCGUUAGAAUUAUUGCAUAAAUCCUUAUAUAAUUACGUGCAUGCUCAAGACAUCGAAAGGGUACAAAAAUUGGUUUCUUCGUUAUAUGAGGAUGCGUAUCGGUAUUGUCAAGCAUCCCAAUAUUCAUCAUCUAAUAAUACCCCCGUCACAUCCGAAGAUCCAGGAUUUUCACAAAUCAGCCCAGAAAUUUUACAACAUCCAGCUUCUAGGGGUCCAAUAAAUGACGUAUCUGAUUUGAUACACAUGAGACAAAGAAUAGGUCAAUAUGAUUUGUAUGAUGUAAGAAUGUAUUUUGGUGGUGGUCUCGGUGCAAAUUUGGCACGCAAAGAAACUUGGAAUAAAUUGUAUAUUGUGGGACGUUUCACUCGUGUCAAAAUUGGAACUUGCUUAACAAACGACGGGUCUAAUUACGUUCAACCAAGAAAUUCAGUUGCUGGAGGUUUUUCGACAUCAAACACAUCACCUUCAAAUAUCCCAAUUGAUCCCGAGCUAUUAAAUAUGCAUCAUAAUCACAUUGGUCCGUCCGGUUCGAGUUUAGGUGUUGGAAGAUCGGGUCUUAUAAGUCCCGUUUUGUCACCAAGAACUCCUGAAAUUGUUCCAGCACCUUUAUAUGAUGACUUACACCCUAUACCGAAUUAUACUUUCGGUCACAAAAAACCUCUUCACCCUCAUACUUCGUACGAUCAUUUUUCACAAGAUCGUCGUUCGCAGGAUCAUCGUAACGUUUCUGAAACUUAUGCUCCAUCUUAUUCACGUACAAAUCCAAAUAUUCCUCGACAUGAACCUCUUUAUUUACCCUCUUCAUCUUCAGGAUCACAAUCCUCAUCGUUAUUCGAAAGGCGCUCUUCGGCGUUUAAUAUGAGCGAUUCUUUCCCAAAAUUUCAAAAUGAUGAACGAGUAAAAGACGUGAUUGUUUCUUCUAUACCAAGGGCAUCAUCUUCACGUGUGGGCACAGUUCGAGAAGAAUGUUCUUCAACAAGGAUGAGCGGUUAUGUUGGUAUACUCGCAAUGGGAUGUGAUUUAUGA